AUGGGCCUGGAGCUCUACCUGGACCUGCUGUCGGCGUCCUGCCGCGCCGUCUACAUCUUCGCCAGGAAGAACAGCAUCCCCUUCGACUUCCAGUUUGUGGACCUGCUCAAAGGUUACCACCACAGCAAGGAGUACAGCGAGAUCAACCCCCUGAAGAAGCUGCCCAGCCUCAAAGAUGGGAAAUUCGUCUUAUCGGAAAGCGUGGCCGUCCUCCUCUACCUGUGCCGCAAGUACAGCACCCCCUCCUACUGGUACCCGCCGGACCUGCACACCCGCGCCCGCGUGGACGAGUUCAUGGCCUGGCAGUACACGGCCAUCCAGCUGCCCAUGAGCAAGGUCCUCUGGAUCAAGCUCCUGAUCCCCAUGAUCACAGGCGAGGAGGUGCCAGCGGAGAAGGAGGAGGAGGUGCUGGCCGAGGUGAAGCAGAACCUGCAGCUGUUUGAGGAGCGGUUCCUUCAGGACCGGAACUUCAUCACCGGGGACAGCAUCUCCCUGGCCGACCUGGUGGCCUUGGUGGAGAUGAUGCAGCCCAUGGGGGGCAACUACAAUGUCUUCCAGUUCAGCUCCAAGCUGUCCGAGUGGCGCUUGCGGGUGGAGCUGAGCAUCGGCCCCAGCCUCUUCUGGGAGGCCCACAACCGGCUGACGAAGCUGGGCGAGUGGGACUGCUCCACGCUGGACCCGUCGGUCAAAGAGAGGAUCACCGACCUGCUGCAGAAGCUGAAGUGA